GCUCAUUUCCAGGCUAACCAAAAAUCUAUUGGUUUCCAUUAAAUUUCAUCAUAUAUUUAAUAGUUACAGAAAAAAAAUUUAGCUCCCUAAUUCUAGCUCGUUCAGAGCCUUAAUUUAACUCAAAGUGGUGUUUUUCGCAUAAAUUUCGGUUUUAAUCGUUCAUAAAUAUGUUUUGCAGACAAAUUGUGCGUCAAUCAUUGAAUAACAUUCGAUGUUAUUCAGCAGAGAAAAGUCCGUUGGCACUUCUGCGAAAAAAGACCGGGUACUCAUUUGUGAAUUGCAAAAAAGCGUUGGAGUUGCAUAAUAACGAUGUUACAAAGGCGGAACAAUGGCUGAAAGAACAGGCACAGGCAAUGGGUUGGGCAAAGGCAACAAAAUUGGAGGGUCGUGAAACAGCCCAGGGACUCGUCGGUGUUGUUCUGCAGAAAAACAUCGGUGCACUAAUUGAAGUGAACUGUGAAACAGACUUUGUGGCCCGCAAUGAAAAAUUCCAACAGUUUGUGGAUUUGGCAUCGAAAGCAUGCUUGAAAUAUGUCAGUGGUCUUCCGGAAAGCGAUCUCAUCUCACGAACGGAAUUCCAAGCGGAAUCGCUCAAAAAUUUGGUGAGCAGUAACAACAAAAAAUUGGCGGACGAAAUGGCUCUAAUGAUUGGUUCGGUUGGUGAGAAUGCAGCACUCAGGCGCGCUGUCUGCUUCAAAGUCCCACAAUCCGUACAGCUAAUUGGAAUGGCAUAUCCAUCGCCAAAUGUUGUUGCCGAUAACGAAACUCAGGGCGGAAGCAUCGGAACCAUUGUUGGUAUUCGUAGCCAAACAGAAGUCACCGACGAAUUGAAGAAAAAUCUCUGUCUACAGGUUAUCGGAAGCAAUCCAUUGAAAGUGGGCAACAAAGAACAAGAUAAACCGGCUAAGGAUUCUGAUGAUGAAACUUGCUUAAUUUUCCAAGAAUAUGUAUUCGAUCCAACAAUCAAAGUCGGGCAAUUGCUUGAAGAAAGACAAAUCGAAAUAGUCGAUUACCAACGAUACAAGUGCGGCGAAAAUGUGGACAGUGAAGAAAAUGUUAGCGCUGCCACAGCCAAUUAGAACUUUAUACAUGAAUGUAUGUGUAAUAUUGUAAGUUUCCCAUAAUAAAUUUCGUUGAAUUGUAGGA